CGAGUUGCUUUAAGAUACAAUAUACACUGGAGUAUUCUUGAGUGAACCUGCGCCGCGUUAACAACGAUCAUACGGAUGGAUUAAGCGGGCAUUUCCGAAAUACACACGCACACAUACAUUUAAAGCAAGAAAAUUAAACAACAGCAAAAAAAACAUUAACAAUUUUUUUCCAUUUCAUAUUUUAUUUAUUCUAUCCAUUGAUACUCGGUUGUGAACUUUUCAAAUAAAAAAAAUAUUUUUUUUUUAUAAACUACCAACACCAGCGCAUAACGAACACAUACAUAGGCAACAUGUAUUGAUUUGUGCACACAUACAUACGUGGAAUACAGUGAUUUAGUGAGAGUGUAUGGGUAAAACGUCUUUUGGUAUGUGAAUUGGUGACGAGACGAUGUGAUGUGAUUAACAAAGUGAAAAGUGCAAAUUUAAAUAUAUUUUUUUUGUUUUUCUGUCUUCUUUCUUUUACCGAAUAAAUAAAAAGUUUUGAAGAGAAAUCGUUAAACUUCCACAAAAAAAAGAUUUUAAUUUUAUUAAGAAAAAAAAGCACGAAAUAAAAAGAAAUUCCAUACAUUUUUUAAAAAAACGAAAUUUCAAAAAAACCAUCAAACAAAAACAAAAUCAUCUACGACUUACACAAUACAUAAGCAUAAGAAAAUGAUAAAAUUCCUUUACGCCAUUUGGAUUUUGCAAUUUGUCUAAGUUUUUAAUAAUGAAAAAAAAAAUUCAAUACCUGUGAAAUAUUUGUUUAAUAAAUUCUAAAGAAAUGAAAUAAAAUAAAACUUAAACAGAAAGUUCUAAGAAGGCAAUAAAUAUUAAAUAUAAAUAAAAUUAAAAUCGGCGCAGUUAUAAAAGAAUAAAAUAAUUCCAAAGAAUAAAGAGUUUCUAAAUUCUGCUCUCCAAGAAACCUAGAAAUUCUACUACGUUCAAAACCUGAAAUUCAACCUUUUUGCCAACAACAAAAAAUAAAAUAAAUACAAAAAUAAACAACAAAUCAACAAAAGAACUAGCAAAAGCCAAAGACUUACGUAUCUACGUUCGUUCGUUUAUUAUUGUUGAAUUCGUCGUUUUGUCGCUUUGUCAUCGUCGUGUCGGUUUGACGUGAUUGUUUAGUUUCUAAGUUUUACGGUCUUGUCACAUUUUAAGCCAACUCUUCAUUCUACGCCAUCGGCCAUCGUCUCCAUCUCAUCGUGCUGUUCUGUUUUCCACAUUUUCUUGUUACGUCUUCUCCUUUCAUUCUUACGUUGCUUCAACAUUCUUUUACUUCGUUUCAUUUGUUGUUUCUUGCUUGGCUACUACUUCUUCAUUGUUGUGCACAAUACCAACUACAACAAGAACUGAAAUAACACCAACAAUUCUUUGAAAACGUGUUCUCAAGGAAGUAAAUUAUCGCAAAAAAAAAGAAGUACUUUGCUUUUACAGAAUUUUACAGAAUUACCAAGAGUUUUUUACAUUCCCCCCACCCCGAAACAACUGCAGCUACAUUCUAGAACUUCCUCUUUGUAAAAUUUGUAAACAUAAUCAUUAAAAUGGGUGAUUCCACACCAAUCUGUCGUUGCCGUGUUUUGUAUCUGGGCAGUGCUGUGCCACGACAAAGUAAAGAUGGCCUUCAGGGCAUACAGGAGCCCUUGCGCAGUUUAUAUCCCUCGGAAGGAGCUGUUGGUGCCAAAGGUAUAGACUCCUGGCUGAGUGUCUGGUCAAAUGGUAUUCUACUGGAAAAUGUUGAUGAAAAUCUCAAGGAAAUCACCAGAUUCUUUCCCAUCGAAUCGCUGCACUACUGUGCAGCCGUACGACAAGUUCUGAUACCAGAACGUGGAAACUCGAAUCCAGAGCCCAAAUUUCUGCCUCUCGACUCACCAUUUGCCCGCAUGCCGCGCGCCCAACAUCCACCCAUAUUUGCAGCCAUUCUACGUCGCACCACUGGCAUAAAAGUUCUCGAAUGUCACGUGUUCAUUUGCAAACGUGAGGCAGCCGCAAAUGCUCUAGUCAGAUGCUGUUUUCACGCCUAUGCCGACAAUUCAUAUGCUCGCCAGUUGGAGACGGGCAGUACGGGAGGCGGAGCUGGCAGCAGUGUAUAUGGCACAUUGAAAAGUAACAUGGCCAGCAAAUCAAAUGGUGAUCUGACCAGCGUUGGCCUUUCCAAUGGCAACAAUCAUCAUCAUCACUUUCAACAGCAGCAUCUUUCACCAUCUUCGGCUAGCCAUGCCGGUUGGCGUUCACGUGCUGGCAGCAUCACUACCCUCAACAGCGUAGGACGUCAGUCCAACGGUCAUCUUAUGAAUGGCGGUGGCGGAGACAACACCAGCAGUGCUGCCGAAGGAUAUACAUCGGUUAAAAAUUUUUAUGGCAGCAGUGCUGAUCUUAAUGUCGCAGUCGAUGAUGGCGAUGCUUCAUUGUAUAACGGCGAUGCGAAUCAUAAAGUAUGGAACGGUUCACAAGAUCAGCUAGACAGCAUUGUAAUGGAAAGUCCCUACGACAUGUACUCAGGCAAUACAUCGACUUUAGGUCGUCCAGCACGUUUGCGACAAAUUAGUCAACCAAUCGAUGUCCCACCGCCACCCAUGAAAGAGGAGAGCAGUAAAAAGAAAAAAGAUAAGAAAUCAUCGAAAUCCUCAAGUAGUCAAAGUCUAUCGGGUACGCUGAUACGACCAAAACCCAUGCAUCCGGCAACAAUGCAGCGUCAUGGCAUACCAAUGGGACCAGGACCGGGUAGUAUGAUUUAUGGAGCACUGCCCGGACCUCCACAACCUCCCAUGGGUAGGAAUUAUCAUACGAUAAGUCAUCGAGGAUUCCCACCAGGCCCUCCCCUGCCACCACAUCAUCAUGGCCAUCAUCCCGGCAUGCCACCUCAAAUGCAUCCGCAAAUGAUGCAUGGCCCACCACAUCACAUGGGUGUGCCAAUGCAGGUGCCCGUUAUGAUGCCGCAACAGUAUGCCACCCUGCAAUCAUCAACUUCUACGAAAAAGAAGAAGAAGGAUAAGAAAAGCACAGGCAUUCCGGUAGGUAUGCCCAUUGUACCACCGAUCUAUGCUUAUCAUCAUGCACAGGCUAUGGGUGGCCCAACACCCCCACCACCUCCACCACAAAGCGUCAUGGCUCAGUCGAUGAUUGGUGAGCCCAGACCUCUAGCAAUGUCAAGUCGAAAAUUAGCCGCCUCCAUGGGUAACGGUCUAGACGAUUCGGGCAAUUCUGGAGCAGAAUCACCUGGUGGCACCGGCAUCUACAGAAGAAAGGGCCACUUAAAUGAACGCGCAUUUAGCUAUUCCAUUCGACAGGAACAUCGCAGCCGCAGUCAUGGUUCCUUAGCUAGUCUACAAUUCAAUCCCCCCGACAUGAAGAAAGAACGUGAAAUUGCUCAAAUGGUAGCCGGUCUAGAUCUAAACGAUGGACCCGAAGAUCCACGUUCUAUGGGACCGGCCACACUGCAGCGUAAACAAGCAGCCAUGAUGAAUGGCAAUGGUGCCAUCUACGGCAACGGUGGCGGACAGGCCAUCUAUGGCAAUGGACCAUCGAGUAGUUUUGGCAAACCCAGAAGAUAAAAUGAAGCGGCCUUAAUUUUUGAAAUUUGGCAAUUAGUGUUGUAUGAAGGAGAAAAUCAAAUCGAAUCAAUAUCAAUUUGAUUGAGAAUAUUUUGAUUUUGUUCACAUCUUAUUGUUAUCUAGGUUUAUCUAAAAAAAAACAUUAUCUAACACACGCACAGAAAUACUUAGGUUUGAUAUUAUUUUAAAAUGAUUUUGAACACAAAUAAGCGCAUACACUCAGUUACAUAUAGAAAGACAGACAUUGAAAUUAUUUAAUUUUGCUGAACUUUCAAACCACAUACCAAGAUAAUUGAACUUGAUCGCAAAACAGAAACAAUUAAAUCGAAAUCAAAUUCAAACAAAUAUUUCAAUUAAAUAUGUAAUUGUCGGUCUAUCCGUCAGUAAGUUAGUCUGUCUGUCUGUUGGGUGUGUGUGGCUGUGUAUGCGACAGAGAGUGUAUGUGAAUGUUUAUAUAUUUAGCGAUGCUGGUCAAUAGAAUUGCUUAUUAUUUCUUUCUUUUUAUAUCAAAUUAAAAUAAUAAUAAAAUAUUUUUAUUUUUUGUAUGUAUUUAAUAUAAUAAUUAUUCAUUUCUUUUUUUCAAUACAAUUUGAAACUAUUAUUUAAAUAAUUAAGUAUGUAAUAACAUACAAGUCGUUCGUUAUUCAUCGAUUGUAUGAAAUAAAUACAUAAUUUAAUCUAGUUUGAUGUAAUUUAAUCAAAACUAUAUAAUUAAUUGUAUCACUCAUACAUAUUUAGUACAUAUAGUAUAUCAAUUAUAUGAGUGCACGUAGAAAAUUCUAUUUAAAAUGUAACUGAAAGUAAAAAAGAUUUAUAAAUUUAGAAAAAUAAUUGAAAACUAAAAUCAUUUAAUCUUAUGUGCCUUAUUAGGUUUAUAUUAGUAAUUUUGCCCGAUGUAAAAAAUUUUGACAAUAUCAUUUUAAAAUUUCAUGAGCAACAAGAUGCAAAAAUUAAAAAUAAAUAAUAUUUUAAAAUAAUACGAGUAAUUUGUUAAAUAUAUAUUUUAAUAUACACACUUUUAUAAAUACAUAUAUACAUACAUAUAUAAACUAUAUAUAAUUAUAUAUAUUAAGUUUAUUUGUAGUUACAUAUUUAGUACGCGUGUAUGUUUGUCCAUAUUAGAAUUAUUUAGUUUUAAUUUAUUUAGGUUUUUAUAUACAUAUAUUUUAAAUGCAUACGAACAAAUUCAAUAUCUACACAGACAUGCAUACAAUAUACAAUAUAAAUUAAAUAAACUUAAAAAUAUAACCAUUAAAAGAGCCUAUUUUAAAAAUGUACUAUUUAUAUUAAACAAAUAAAAUACAUAAAUGAUUAUCUUCCAAUCUUAAUAAUGUUGUAUGUAACAAAGUAAUAAAUAACUGAUUAAUUAAAUAAAUAAAUAUGUUUAAAACUUGUAUGUAUUUCAAAAA